AAGAAGCCGGCAGCUACUCUAUGAAAAGCCGGCUCUCUCUCUCUCUACAUUUCUUUCUCUCUCUAAAAAGUGAUACGAAUUUCAAUGAAAUUGUUUUGGGGAUCAUUGUAGAUUUCGCGGGUAAAAGAAUAUGUUAUUACAUCAACUUCAGAGGCGUGUAUUGAAAGAUGAUCUGAAAACUCUAGUCUCAGACUUUCUUCUACAAGUUUUCUCAUCUAUUUGUUGAACUUGUACAUACCGUGUUUCAGAGUUUUCUUAUUCAUUACUUUGUCAAUGAAUCAGUGUAGUGGUUUUGGUAGAAAUAAGCAGACGACAUAUGAUUUCACAUAUCAGGAACAGAUCAAUAACACAAAGAAAAAGUUUCAACAUUAAGUGGGAACUCAUUUGCUAGGAUCAACUUCACCAAGAUGGCUGGAAAUUAUAGGUUUGCAAUGGACCAAAAGGAUAUUGUUAGAUUCUUGAAAACCACGGUUGGAAGUUUCAUCCAGGAUCAGUUAAUCAAUAAAGAACAGAGAAUACAACAGAAGGAACAAUGUGCAGAGAGAUUAGCAGCUGAAGAUGGAAGCUCUGAUAUUAAUACAGAAGUCCGGUACUCUGAUCAAGCUGUGUUAGCGAAUUUGGAUUGGGGAAUCGAUGCCCUCGAAGAAGCAAUCAACACAUCCAAUGUGGAAACGAAGCUUGCAAGAUUAGACCAUGCAGAGAAGAUGCUGCAAGUGUGUGCAAUGUUGGAUUCUAACCAGAAAACUGCAGGAGUUCCUAAUUUUUAUCUCUCUGCUUGGGCCCAUCUUAACCUUGCAUAUCUGUGGAAAUUGCGGAACAACGAUCACAAUGCAGUUAUUCGUGUUCUCGAGAUGUUCAUUGUUGACCCAUUCUUUUCGCGGAUUGAUUUUGCUCCUGAGCUCUGGAAAGAUCUGUUUCUUCCACACAUGAGCUCCAUUGUGGGGUGGUAUUCAGAGGAGAGAAACAGGCUUGUGAUGGAUGUAAUUCCUGACUCCACUGAUUUGUCUUUCACUGUGGAUUUUGAUCAGUACUUCAAUGAAUCUUUGAUCUUUUCUAUGAGGCCAGAUCAAGUGGAGAAAACACAGAAAUUAGAGCAACUUUAUGGGCAAUCAUUGGAUGAGAAUACAAGGCUUUAUGCAAAGUACUAUAAGGACUGCAUGAACUACGAUUCAGCCACUAGCAAGAAGGUGAUGCCCAUGCUGCCAAUUGCAGAGCCACCUAUGACUCCUUUGAACGAGGUGAGUCGUUCGAUUCCUGAUUAUGUAAAAUUUGGUCCUAUCUUGCCGAAGAGUGCUGGGUUUACUCCAAUCCUCAAACCUAAAGAGAAUGCAAGAGAAUAUUCCAGGUUGAGUGUAACUUCUACAUCCUCACAGAAUCUGGAGGAGUCUGCUAUAUGGAAUCCACAAGAGGGCAUCCCUGAGGAAAAUGAAGACGAUUCUGACAAUGAGCAUCAUUCACAUUUGGAUUCUGAAGAUAGAGCACACAAUCUAGUGUCGCCUAACAGCAUAAGAACAAAUAAGGGUGUAGAAACUCAGCCAAACAUACAUCCAACAAAAGUGAAGAGUCGAAUGCAUUCUCCUAAAAUUUUCUCUCCUAUGGAUUCCCCUAAAACUCCUUCCCCAAAAAGUUCAUCUCCAAAACCAGGCAUGCAUUAUAAAAAGGAACCCACGUCUCUAUUGCGUCUCAAUUCCAUGGUAGAUUCCACUAUUUCUAGCUCUUUGCAUGUGUCUUCACACUUGUGCAAUGAUUCAAGCAGUAGCUCAGCAGAUUCAGAUGGUGAAAUGCCGGAGCUGCAGAAAAAUAGUAGGAAAAACAUUGGCCAUGUACGGGGUAUGAGUUAUGGAAAUAUGACAAAUCAAGUACUUGAAAACAGUUCUCUUAAUGAAAGCGACGAAGGAAGCCAAAGUUGCAUUUCUCUCCCGUUGUCCGAGAAAUUGGCUUCUCAUUCAAGACCUCCAAAAGAUUUUGUCUGCCCCAUCACUAGUCAGAUUUUUUGCGACCCUGUUACCCUUGAAACUGGUCAGACAUAUGAAAGAAAAGCAAUUGAAGAAUGGAUGAAACGAGGAAAUACGACAUGCCCCAUUACGCGGCAGCCUCUCUCUGCUACAAUGCUGCCAAAAACAAACUAUGUUUUGAAGAGACUAAUCACCUCCUGGAAAGAACAGCAUCCUGAUCUCGCUCAGGAAUUUUCAUACACUGAAACACCAAGAAGUUCCUUCAGUACUUCCUCUCCUAAAAAAAAUCCUUCAAAAUUCACUCCAUCUAGGACAUUUGAUCUAUCCAUCCAUAGGAGCAGGGAUGAUUAUCAUAACACUAGGAGCAGAAGAUUUAUGCGAGCUGCAGUGUCUACAUCACCAACCAGUGUAAUAUCUCAAGCUGCUGUUGAAACAAUAAUAAAUAGCUUAAAACCUUAUAUUUCGUGUCUCUGUACUUCGGAGAACUUACAAGAAUGUGAAGCAGCUGUGUUGACAAUAGCCAGGAUAUGGAAAGACUCGAAAGCUGAAACAGGGGUUCAUUCUUAUUUAUCUAAACCAACAAUAGUAAAUGGAUUUGUGGAAAUACUGUCAGCUUCACUGAACAGGGAAGUUCUCAGAACAUCAAUUUAUAUUCUUUCUGAGCUAAUAUUUACAGAUGAGAGUGUUGGUGAGACACUUACUAGCGUAGAUUCUGAUUUUGAUUGCUUGGCUGCUCUGCUAAAAAACGGUCUAGUUGAGGCUGCAGUACUCAUAUAUUUGUUGAGGCCAGGGUUCUCUCAACUUUCAGCUUAUGAUCUUGUACCAUCACUUGUCCAACUUAUUCUAAACAAGAAUGAAGAGCUAGAUGACCUUCAGUUAGUUUUGGAACCCAAAGAUGCAGCUGUAGCAAUACUUGAGCAGAUUCUAGCAGGAGGAGAUGAAAGCAGCAGAUCUGUGAAUGCUAUGAGUAUUAUAUCUGGAAAUGGUAUUCCUUCCUUGAUUAAGUGCCUGGAUAGGGUAGAAGGAAGGCAAUCUGUUGUAUCUGUACUGUUACACUGCAUCCAUACAGAUAGGAGCUGCAGGAACUUGAUAGCAAGCAGAAUUGAGUUGUCUCCUGUUCUUGAACUAUUUCAUUCCGGAAAUGAUAGUGUGAGAGGCAUAUGUAUAGAUUUUCUCUCUGAGAUAGUUCGAUUAAACAGGAGGACAUUCUGCAACCAACUUUUGCAGAUAAUAAAGGAUGAAGGAGCAUUUAGUACCAUGCACACCUUUCUUGUCUAUCUACAGAUGGCUCCAAUGGAACAGCAAUCUGCCAUUGCAACUCUUCUUCUUCAGCUUGAUCUUCUGGUUGAACCUCGAAAGAUGAGUAUUUACAGAGAAGAAGCUGUAGAGGCACUAAUUGAAGCACUUGGCAAAAAAGACUUCCCAAAUUCUCAAAAAAUGGCUCUUGAUGCGUUAUCAUCUCUUUCUGGGCGUCUAACUGCCUCAGGAAAGUCCUACACUGAAGCAUGGUUACUCAAAAUUGCAGGUUUUGAUCAACCAUAUAAUGCUUUAAUGAAGGCAGAGAAGACGAAAACACAUGAAAAUGAAUUGACAGAAACAAUGGAAGAAGAACAAAAAGCUGCAAGUACUUGGGAGAAAAGGGUAGUUUUUGUACUUUGCAACCAUGAAAAGGGCGCUAUAUUUAAAGCUUUGGAAGAUUGUCUCAAAAGUAAUUCCUUAGAGAUGGCAAAGUCAUGCCUUGUAAUUGCCACAUGGCUCACAUAUGUCCUUUAUAAUCUUCCCGAUACUGGCAUAAGAGAUGUUGCUCGGAAGUCUUUGCUCGACCAGUUCAUAGAUGUGCUACAAUCAUCAAGAAACGUUGAGGAGAAGAUAUUGGCAACCAUUGCUUUGAGAAGCUUCAUCAUUGAUCAAGGUGCAUUGGAUGAACUGGGGGUGUACGCCAAAUGCUUGUACAGGACCUUGAAAAAGCUUAAGAGGAAUUCCACGAUCGUCAAUGAUGUACUGAAAGCCUUGAUGAACUUGCCCUCUGUCAAUCCUACAGAGCUGUGGUGUUGUACUGAAGCAUUUGAACUGGAUUCCUUCAUAAAUGGCGAGGUUCUAUCACUGGUUCAUCUAAAAGGCCGGGUAAUAAGUGGCCAUUCCGAUGGAACUAUAAAGGUGUGGGAUGUUGGAAAAAAAGUUCCACGGUUGAUUCAGGAGGUUCGUGAGCACACAAAGGCUGUCACAUGCCUCUACGUUCCUUCUUCACAUGACAAAUUGUACAGCGGUUCCUCAGAUAAAACAAUUCGGGUUUGGGCAAUAAAACAAGAAGAAAUUCACUCUCUCCAGGUUCAUGAUGUGAAAGAGGCAGUGCACAAGUUGACAGCAAAUGCAGAUGUUGCAUGCUUUUCCUCUCACGCAACCGGCGUCAAUAUCUACAAUUGGUCUGGGGUACCAAAGCAUAUAAACUUCAACAGACAUGUCAAAUGCCUCAUGAUGAAGGGCAAGAAACUAUAUUGUGGUUGUACAGGUUACAGUAUCCAGGAGGUGGAUUUGGGGAAACACACAUCAACCACAUUCUACUCUGGUGCAAAAAAAUUGUUAGGGAAACAAAAUAUACACUCCCUGCAGAUUCACAAUGGUCUUCUCUUCGCGGGUGGUUCAUCAGUUGAUGGCAUAGCGGGAAAGGUAUUCUCACUCUCCACCAAGGCAGUAUUAGGAUCAAUAUCGACGGGAUUCGACAUCCACUGUGUAGCAGUAAACAAUGACUUCAUAUUUACAGCAACAAGAUGUGGGAUCAUUGAGGUUUGGUUAAAAGAGAAGGUGACAAGAAUUGCUUCCUUCAAAAUGGGUGGUGGUGGACAUGCAAAACUUACAUCCUUGACAGCAGACAUGGAUGGAGAGAUGCUUUUUGCUGGCUCUUCUGAUGGCAAAAUCCAGGCUUGGGAUCUGGACUGAUACAUGUACCAUCAAAGUUUUCUUGUAAAAUAAACAUUUGGGGUUUCCUCCUUUUUAAAUGCUACCCAAUUGAAGCUAUCAUCAAUUGAGCCCUCGUGGUUGGGUAAAUGUUGUUCACUUAAUGGAGUGUUCAA